UUCGAAACGACAACUCUUCGACUCAACCGCGCACGAGAGGCGGAAAAGCUAGCCAUUCGCCAUGAUACCUAGGUUAUCAUGAAGAGACUGCUUGCGGCGGGUCUCAGACCCGGAGUAUCACUGAGGAGGACCAGAAUAGUAUCGUCGCUAUGCCUGCAGCGAAGGAUUUCCGGGGCGACGACCCUCCUAGCUCAGGAAGCCCAAGAUGUGUCCCAGUCUUCCCAGGGCCUCAAGCUGCGUGAUUACCAGGAAGAAUGCAUCCAAUCCGUGCUUCAGUCCCUUGAGCAAGGCCACAAGCGGCUUGGCAUAUCGCUGGCCACCGGUAGCGGCAAGACUGUCAUCUUCACCCAGCUCAUUGGCCGAGUCAAGCCUCGCUCUGAGACGGCCACCCAGACUCUUAUCCUGGCCCACAGGCGGGAGCUCGUCGAGCAAGCUGCCCGGCAUUGCUCCAAGACGUACCCCGACAAGUCCAUCGAGCUCGAACUGGGCAAGCUGUCCGCCUCGGGCACCGCCGACAUCACCGUGGCCAGCCUGCAGAGCAUCCUGUCCAAGGACCGCCUCUUGAAGUUUGAUCCCAAGCGGUUCAAGCUUGUCCUAGUUGACGAAGCCCACCACAUCGUGGCUCCGGGCUACCUGAAGGUCCUGGAGCAUCUCGGUCUCAAGACCAAACAGCCCGACUCGCCGCACCUGGUCGGCGUGUCCGCCACGUUCUCUCGCUUCGAUGGGCUCCGCUUGGGCGCUGCCAUCGACGAGAUCGUCUAUCACAAGGACUAUGUGGACAUGAUCGGCGAGAAGUGGCUCAGCGAUGUUGUCUUCACCACCGUCGAGAGCAAGGCCGACCUGUCCAAGGUCAAGAGGAGAGGGAAAGGAGGGAGCGGCGAGUUUGACACCGACUCCCUCUCCCGAGCAGUCAACACCGUCGAGCUGAACGACGUCGUCGUCCGCGCCUGGUUUGCCAAGGCGGCUGGGCGGAAGUCAACGCUGGUGUUUUGCGUCGACCUGAACCACGUCGCCGCCCUGACCCAAAGAUUCCGCCACUAUGGCGUCGACGCCCGCUUCGUGACGGGAGACACGCCCACCCGCGACAGAGCUGAGCGACUUGACGCCUUCAAGAACGGCGAGUUCCCCGUGCUCAUCAACUGCGGUGUCUUCACCGAGGGCACCGACAUUCCCAACAUUGACUGUAUUAUCUUGGCCAGGCCGACGCGGUCCCGAAACCUGCUUAUCCAAAUGAUCGGCCGCGGGAUGAGACUCCAUAGUGGCAAGCAGAACUGCCACAUUAUCGACAUGGUGGCCGGGCUCGAGACCGGCAUUGUCACCACCCCAACCUUGUUCGGCCUGGAUCCCAACGAGUUGGUGAACGAGACCUCGGCCGAGGGGAUGCACGAACUACGGAACCGCAAGGAGGCCGAGCGAGCCAGGGAAGCGCUUGCGAGGCAGCACAUGGCCGCUGGCGAGUCGACCGGGCACUCCUACAGCGUCACAUUUACCGAGUACGACUCGGUUUUCGACCUAAUUGCCGACACCUCGGGCGAGAGGCACAUCCGCUCAAUCAGUCAACAUGCCUGGGUCCAGGUUGCGGCCGACAGAUUCAUCCUCAACGGCCUGGGCGGAACAUACCUGAAGCUGGAAAAGGUUCCCGAUGCCGGCCCGGAAGACCCCCAGUUCAGGGCCUGGGAGGUGAGGGCCCUGCCGCCGGGGGUGGCCAAGUCGCCUUAUGCCGCACCGCGCCAGAUCCUAAGCGCGGCGACUUUCGCUGACGCCGUGCAUGGGUGUGACAAGUACGCCAGCGAGAACUACCCCUUCUUCAUCAUAGGCGCGAGGCUGCCGUGGAGGAAGGCGCCGGCGACCGAGGAGCAGCUCAAGUUCCUGAACAAGUUCAGGCCGGCCGAUGACCCCCUUCGCCCGGAAGACAUCACCAAGGGCAGGGCGACCGACAUGAUCGUCAAAAUCAAGCACGGCGCGCGCGGCCGGUUCGCCAGCAUUGAGGCCCUCAAGAGAAAGCAGCAGAAAUCGGCCAUGGCCGACGAACUGUUCCGCGCAAGGAAGCUCAACGAGGCUGUCUCUGUGGGACCGUUGUCAGCAUGAGCGUGAGUGUGAUCAUUCGCUCAUUUCCAAGAGCUUGCAAGGUCAGCGGUCUUUGGGCCAAGUUUUGCAGAUCGGUCAAAGGAGAAGAGCCGGGCAGUUGCGGCCGUGCCUUCCAGGAGGUGGUUGGAA